AAAUAUAAUAAAUUUAGUUUACGAUGUUAAAUAAAAUAAUACCUUCGCGAAACUAUCAAAUUAAAACGUUAGUUUUAGAAAUAAUUUAUUUAAAAAAAUAGUGAUGCAUCUAAAUUAACCCGACAGCAUAUAAUCCAUGUGUAUUUACUUCAAUCAAUAAUAUUGUUUUUUUUUUUAUUAAUAUUGUAUAUUGAUAGGUAAUUGCAACGUUGUCACAUUUUGGUAAGCAAAAGUAUGAACGCUCUUAAGCCAUUGACAAGAAGAAUAACGACUUGAAUAAAACAUCGUUCAAUUUUUCAAAUAUCGAAGAAAAAACGUUCUGUCAUACUUGAAAUGCAAUCAAUGAUCUCCAUUAACUACGCAUGUAUUUAAGCAAAUAAUAUAGGACUGUUUCUAGGGUUGGUUUAUUUAAUAUAAAAAAGUCAAGAUGGCUAAUUCAGUGGAACCUUCUGGAACAGCGUCUGAAUUUGCCCCUAGCGAAAUGGCGGUUUCUGAGCCCGAAGAAGCUAGUCCAGCUCUGCGGACAUCGUUCCCGCCGUAUCCUCCCUACGCAACAGAACCAGCGCCGUCGUCGAUUGCCGACACUAUUGUCGCCGGCCGGGACCUCAGGAUGCAGCACAAAUCCACACUACAGAGGCCUAUUCGACCAUCACCGAAGCCGGCCCGUCCCAGAGGCCCAAAAGCCACAGACGUGAAAUUGUCGAGACGAGCGACGCGGGCUCACAUGCGUUGCUUACGGCGGCACGGCGCCGUGCUCUCAGACCGUCUGGAACAUAUAUCGAAGCCCAGACGAAGAGCUAUUAUAUACCUUUGGCGGGAAUACGCACAUACAUUGCCACCAGAAACGAUUGCUCGUUUACGAUCAAUGUUGGAUGCAGAUGAGCCCUUCAAACCGGAUCAAGCCUAUGAGUACUUCGUUAAUUUACGCAAGACAAAAAAGAAAAGUAACACGACACGAGUCAACCAAAUAAAGAAGAACGUUUUAGCUGUAUGCACUGACAAGAGAUUCGUGUGGGCACGGAACGCAACUAUAGCCUUCGCCAAAGGCAUCCAACAAAGACUAUCACGGUCUGGUCACUACGCUCUCGCUGACAGAAUGUUAAGGUUAUCCAACAUUAUCUUGGAUGAGAUUUGCAACCACGUUAUGCAUAUGAAGACACCGUCCAGGCGUUGCAUUCAUCCUAAAUCGCGCUUCAUGAUGGAAAUGUCGGAUAAGAUUGCUGUGUGGAUCGAUGAGAUAAUAGCGGAAUCAGAUGACCGUAUGUUGAUGAUGGACUUCGAUGAAGAUGAUGAAGAAAUGGAACAGUGCGAUGCUGAUGCACUAAAGCCGGAACCGGGCACUGAUGCAGCUCACACAGAGGGCAUAUCUGGCUCUAGAAGAGAAAAUCUGACAGAAUCUCCAACCCCAACUGCCACGCCUGAUGAUACUCCAUCUGCAAGUGCGCCCGCGACCCCUGCCGAAACUCCAAGAACUACUCCGAGGUCUUCAAAAACAAAUAUGUAAUUAAACAUUAUAGGACCCUAUGAAGCAGGAGGUGAUAUUGGAUUUACCGAUGACUUUCUUAAUAUGAUUGGCAGUGAUGGUGAAAACUGCAAGAUAUUGAUUAUAGUGAAAAACUAUGGAAGG